UGCGCAGCUUGGGGUGGUUGCCUCUCUUACUGCUGCUGCCGUCUAGGCAGGGGGGGAGCGCGAGGCUUUGAGCUUCCUCCCCCUUUCCCCCCCUUCACGAUAGUUCAGGCUUUAGCUGGGCGACUAGGCCGUAUCCCCCCCAUUGGGGGGGAGGGGGCCAUUGUUGUUAUGGAGACUGGUUCUGGGGAUCCCCCAUCCCCCCCACCUCGGUAUAAUGCCCCUCGUUCAGUUCUCCAUGCUCUCAAGGGGAUGGAACCAGCUCCAGUGGCAUUCGGAGUGUCAGGAGACAGCAUGUCAACUUCACCCCUGGCAACAACCAAGGCGGUAACAAUGGAAACCGUGGAAGCCACCAUGUCGACCAGCGCCACCACAACAGCACCAUGCAUUGCCACAGAGAUGACAUUAACCGUGAUGACGGCAGAGAUGUCGCUCGUGACCAACGACAGUGGAAGGGUGGCAUCUCCUGUGCAGGUGGCAUCUGAUGCCAUAGCUGCAGACAUUAUUCCAGCAGGAGACCGGCCUUCUGAGGAGACGGUACCUGUGGCCAAUUCAGUGUCCGCCAUGCCUGCCGCAGUGACGGUAAAUGGAACGUCAGUGAUGUCAUCUCGUGAUAGCGGGAUGAUGUCAUCACCUGUGGAUUUGCCUAAAGAUGCCGUGGUGAAGCCCCUCCCGGUUCCUCCGGCAUCACCGACGGUGGUAGUGGUGGCACCGAGUCCUGCGACACCACCAGAGAAGACUUCACCCACAACUCCGGAGGGUUUGGCUCCCCAUGAUCUUUCCACCCCACAGCCACCCCAGGACAUGGGUUCCCAGUCCAGCCUGGGGGCCCUGACAUCCAGGGCCCCUCCAGCUCCUGACACCUUGAGCUACUUGGAUUCUGUCAGCCUCAUGUCCGGCACAUUGGAGUCACUGACUGGUCCUGGAUUCCUUGAUGAUGCUAGCUCCCUGGGUUCGGAUUCUGAGAUCAAUGGGUUGGCGUACCGUAAGACCGACAAAUACGGCUUCCUAGGGGGCAGCCAGUAUUCUGUGCAACUUGAAAGUGCCAUCCCCGUGGAUGUGGCUCGACAGAGGGAACUCAAGUGGCUGGACAUGUUUUCCCACUGGGACAAAUGGCUGUCGCGCAGAUUCCAAAAGGUGAAAUUGCGCUGCCGGAAGGGGAUUCCCUCUUCCCUCCGUGCCAAAGCGUGGCAGCUUCUCUCCAACAGCAAGGAUCUUCUGGAUCAAAACCAGGGGAAAUUUGAGGAGCUGGAGCGUCAGUCUGGAGAUCCCAAGUGGCUCGACGUGAUUGAAAAAGACCUGCACAGGCAGUUCCCUUUUCACGAGAUGUUUGCGGCUCGGGGAGGCCACGGGCAACAGGACCUCUACCGCAUCCUCAAAGCCUACACCAUCUACCGGCCGGAAGAAGGCUACUGUCAAGCACAGGCGCCCGUGGCCGCAGUUCUACUGAUGCAUAUGCCCGCAGAGCAAGCUUUCUGGUGCCUGGUGCAAAUCUGUGAGAAGUAUCUCCCUGGCUAUUACAGUGCCGGACUGGAAGCAAUACAGCUGGACGGGGAGAUCUUCUUCGCCUUGCUCCGGCGAGCGUCCCCCAUUGCCUACCGCCAUCUGAAGAGGUACAAGAUCGACCCCAUCUUGUAUAUGACCGAGUGGUUCAUGUGCAUCUUCUCCCGGACCUUGCCCUGGUGCUCUGUGUUGCGAGUCUGGGAUAUGUUCUUCUGUGAAGGGGUGAAGAUAGUCUUCCGAGUGGGCCUGGUGCUGCUCCGGAACACGCUGGGCUCGAUUGACAAGCUGCGCUCGUGCCAAGGCAUGUAUGAGACGAUGGAGAAGCUGCGGAAUCUGCCUGUUCAGACCAUGCAAGAGGACUUCCUGGUCCACGAGGUGAUUAACCUCCCGGUGACCGAAGCCCUCAUCGAGCGGGAGAAUACCACCCAGUUGAAGAAAUGGCGGGAGACCCGGGGCGAGCUCCAGUACAAGCCCUCCCGCCGGCUCCACGGCUCGCGGGCCAUCCAGGAGGAGCGCCACCGCAUGAACCCGCCUCUGUCCGCCAGUGCCAGCCUCUUGAGCCUCACGGGCCUGAAGCAAAGGGUUUCCCUCAGCAGCUCCGGCGGGCCCUCCUUCUCCCUGGCGCACACCUUCGGCUCCUUGACCAUGUCCGCUGCCCCCCCUCCGGUCCCCCCUGCUGCCCAGAGCCAGGUGGUGGUAUCUGAAGGCCUCCACCCUGCUUUGCCCUCCCCGACCGGGAACAACAUGCCCCUGGGAGGCCCCAAGAAAGCAGGGGGCGGCAGCGGCAGCAGCAAAGAAGAGAAACGGAAGGAGAAGGAGCGGGAGAAGCAAGAGAGGGUGGAGAAGGAGAGGCAGAAGCAGGAGAAGGAGCGCGAGAGGAAGCUGCAGAAGGAGCGGGAGAAGCAGGAAAAGGAGCGGGAGAAGAAGCAGCAGAAGGAACGAGCCAAAGAGGAAGCCAAGCUGAAGAAAGAGAGGAAGUUGUCUCUGAGGAAAAAGGAACCCAAAUCGGCCCCUCUGCCGCCCACUGAGGGGGGGAAAGAAGGGGAAACACCAGGGGCAUCAGUGCUACAAGACACGUACUUUUGAGUAGGGCUGGGGGGCACAAGCCCCGACAAUUCCCUCCCAUCAGCCAAGGACCAAGAUGGUGGCCGCCACCAGAGAUGUACUAUGGUAGGGGGACCCAGGGGGCAGGAGGCGGCGGCAUGCCAAGGGGAAUAGCUGCUGUGCACUGAACCACUCCAGUUAGGGCUACAGUGGGGAGGGGGAUAUUUAACUAGCAUCCAUAUUUUCUCCCUUUGUGUGCCUGAGGUGGAUUUGACCCCCCCCUUCCCUCCUCCUCCCUUAAUGAAAAGGGCCAAAACAAGAUGGCCGCCAUGCUGUUUGUGGCUACAGAAGAUGGCUGCCCCGUUGCGACUUCCCAAAGCCAACAGGUGCAACUGCACAACCCCAUCCCUAAGGCUUGGCGUCCUAACCAAGGAGAUAAUCGUAUUAUUAAUAAUAACUCCCAACAUCCCCCUACCUACCUGUACAUAGAACCACCUAAACUAUUUAACCUCUCCAGGCUACAAGCACCACCUCCUUCCAGAGAGGCUAGUUUUAUGAGCCACCUACGGUCUUGCCUCCCCUCCCCCCCCAAUGUAUUAACAAGCUCUUCUUCCAUGGGAGGUUGGCCUGGCCCCCAGGACCCUACCGCAUAUAUUUCCCAGCUCCACCUCAAAAAGCGCUUAAAAGAAAUCCCAUCUAUUCCUCCUCCUGUGCACACACAGAAACACUGACGCUCAACGACGGACAGGCUGAGAUAGCGGCACCGGUUUCUAACCGAGGCGCUGUGCUUUGAGGACCACCCAACAGGCAGACAUUUAACCAGCAUGGACAUGCAGUGGAAGGGGAAGCUGGGCCUGUUGGAUUUCUUCCUGUCAUGGAGCUACUAGAGGCAGAAGGCCUGUGGGGGUGGGUGGGUGGGUGAAUUAGCGACCCUGCUGCCCACACACUCGGCCUUUUGGCUGCUCCUAUGCAAGGGUUUCUUAGCAGCGGUCAGCAAAAAAAACAAGCAGGUGCCUAGAAUUGUCUGUCGAGAUAACCUGGCCAUGAGGAGAAAUGAAAUUGGAGCGGGGUGUGGGGGUAUUGUGUGAGCUGCCCCCCCCCUGCACUUUGGCACACAGUCGAGAAAGUCUCCCGCUCCUCUGUAAGAAGAGCGAACCGUUCCCCUGUCCUUCAGUAUUACCUUGUGGCACAAACAUUCCUGAGACAUGAGGUGGCGGAAAACUUUUAUUUGGCCAGCUGCGGCUUGCAGACGAGAGAAGCGGCUGUGUUUCUUGGGAGCUUCAGCCGCCGAGGGGAGAUGUGGGUAAGCUGUUUCUCCCCAAGCACUGGUGCCUGUAUACUAUAACACCCCAUCUAGAAAUCUUUGUCCUUUGUUAUUAAAAUCUGUCCGUUCUCCUCUCUCUCCCCCUCCUCCCCUUCGUUGGAGGCAAAGGACGUGUCUCCAUUACAACAUUAAGCCAGUUGAGAAUGAGUUUUAACCUGCACGGGUUUGCCCAGAGGAUUUGGGAACUGUAGUUUUGUGAAGAUGCCGAGACUGCUUUCAUACCUCUCCCCAACCCGCUUUCCUCGCGGCGUAUCAGGCCACAACUCCGAGCAUCCCUCGGUCAGGGAUGCUGGGUGUUACGGUCCCAACACAUCUGGAGGUUGGGAGAAGGCUGCUCUGUGAUCUCUUCACAGAACUCGGAGGGCUUCCAGACCCCUGGCGGUUAAAACUGCUCCAAAGCUGGUUUUCGUUUUUUGCUAACGUCGAACUACAUUCCUCAAUGGUGCAUGCUUUGUUCCCUUGUCCCUCGAUGAAAAGCAAACCUGUCCUUUUUUAAAAUAACUGGAAUGUAUUUUCUCUGUGGUACGCUGUGCGACCGCAAAGGGAUGCCUUUCCUGUUUCCACAACGCUGGCAUUGGCUCGCCAGGCCUUUGCCGGCAGAGCAGAAUACAGCCAGUUGGGUUCCGGGCCUCUGUGCCGUGCUGUCGAGGGAGGCUAAGGGUACCAGCAGAUUAGCAGGGCCUGAGGAUCAGAACUGUACGAAUUCUGGGGGAAGAAGGGUCCCAGAGCCGGGGAGACUGAACCAUUUGCUGCCUUGGAGGUCAGAUUGGGCUAAGACUACAAAUUUGGACUCUUAUAUGUCCUCAGCUCUUCCUCUUGUCCCUUCUGCAUUCACCUUCCACCGCCCUGUUUCCCCUCUCUCUUUGGUCACAUUCUCUGCAGUUGUGAAUAGCUUGAAAAUGAUGACCCUCUUUCAGGAUCUUGCUUCCCAGCCUACACCCACCCACCCCAAAUGGCGGCUUCUCCUCGGGUCCACAGUCCCAUCUGCAACUUUGCAAAAAAGCUCCAUUUGCCCCAUCUCAUCCCUGUACAUACCUUUUCUCUAUAACACAUAUUAUAUAUAUAUAUAAUGUUUCAGUAUUGUAAUUAUGUAUACAGAUACUUGGAAAUUUUUUUUUUGACCUUGUGCUCUUAUUUAAUGGGACAGACACUGGAAAUUAGGAAUUCAUUUUCUCCCCUUGCCUUUUUAAUUUUUAUUUUUUUUACCACCACCCCCUAAUCAGGAAGAGCAGAAAAUUGGAAGUUUACAGCUGACAUCUCCUUGCUGUCCUACUUGUUAAUAUUUUUCUUUCUUACUUUUUUGUCGUUCGUGCCUCAUUCUCAUUGGACCCCCCAUUGCUUUGUUUAAAAAUGUUAACAAAACCAAAUGAAGUUCAA